CUCUGCCUCAUUCUUCCUGUCCCAGCUCAGUCAUCCAGCACAAAGAGAGUUGUCUCUCUUCCCACCCAGGCCCCCAGGCAAAGACAGGCACUCCCUGGCUCCUGUGUACCUCAGACACUUCCAGCAGCUCCUGCCAUGGACAGGUGGUACCUGGGUAGCAGCGCCAAGGGGGCAGAGGAUCCAUUCCACUAUGACUACGAGACUGUCCGCAAAGGGGGCCUGAUCUUCGCGGGCCUGGCCUUCGUCGUGGGGCUCCUUAUCCUCCUCAGCAAAAGAUUCCGCUGUGGGGGCAAUAAGAGGCACAGGCAGGUCAAUGAAGAUGAGCUGUGACAGCAGAGCCACCAGUGCCCACCAGUGUAUGGGCGCUAAGGAUGCCCAUCUUCCCCAGCUGUACUCCACUGCCCUGUCACGGCCAGCACACAGGCUGAAGGAUGUGCCAGGCUCGCUAUGACCCCCUCAUGGUCAUCCACUCAUGCCUCUUGACCCUUAACUUCCUUCCUCCCCUCCCCUCCCCAAUCCCUCUCACAUCCCACUUCCUGUUCCAAGUUGGGGUACAUGUGCAGCCCCGUCUCACUGGUUUCCAAUGAAUCAUUCUGGCAAGUACCUGACAAUGAAAGUAGGCCUGGUAUGGUUA